CUAUGCACUAAAUGCAAUAAGAAGGAAUUUAUCGGCAUUAAUAAUUUUUUGACUGCAUGCAAAAAUUAUGCCUACGUCGUUCUUGGUCAAUUUUUGCUGUUGAAGAAGCAGAAAGACCUCUUCAUGGAAUGGCUAAAAGAAGCCGCAGGCGUCUCGUCACAUCAUGCGGAGGCAUGCUUUAAUUGCCUUAACGAAUGGUGCGACCAACAUCUGUGA